AUGCCCUGCCUUCCAUGUAAAAGCGCGCACAUUCGAUCGCUCUUCCAUUUCCCCACCAUGUCUUUUUCUCCUGACAUCUUCAACAAAAAGUUGGACCUGCUUCAAGAAACGCAGGAAUCCAUCGUCUCCAUCUCACAAUGGGUGCUUUUCCACCACCGCCAUGCCCAAGAAUUGUGUCGCUUGUGGAGUGACUACACAUUGACGAGAACGCUGAAGCUGAACAAAAGGCUUUCACUUUUGUAUCUCUGUAACGACGUGGUACAAGAGGCCCGCCACAAAAGAAAGCCCGAGUUUUCUGCCGAGUUUGCCAAAAUACUUCCGAAAGCCCUCCAUACCAUUUACCCUUCGCUAGACUCGGCCAUCAAGCCAAAAGUUGAACGUCUAGUAGGCGUUUGGGAACAGAGGAACAUCUUCUCACAAAAGGACAUCAAGGCAAUGAGAGAAGCCUUGGAGCUGGCUAAAGGAGGCAAACUGCAGAUCCAAAAUACCGACACUGACAAGGCGCCUUCGACUUCAGGACCUCAAGUGGCCACUGAUUUGGUCCACUUAAACAACUUGUACCAUCAUAUGGCUCAGUUACAGGAAACGUGCCAGGCCAAUUUGACCCAAGUGGGAAUUCAGUCGAAAGCGUACUUGCCCAACGAUUUAUCUGUGCUGGAUAACCUUCCCCUGCCCAAGGUAUACAUUUCCAAGUUGAAUGUGCUAGAGAAAUUGUGCAACAUGACGACAAAGAACUUGGAAGACAUCAAGAAUACACGCAAGGAAAUUGUGUCUGUGUUAGGCAAUUUACAAAAGCUUGCCGCUGAGGGCGAAAAUACAGAUGACCUGAAGGUAUCUAUAAUUGGGCGCAAGUUAGACAAGUUGUACACCACUCGCCAAGAGUUAAAGGAAAUCCUUGGUGAAGAGGAGCCAACGACUCAAAGUAAUGAAGAAAACGAAACGCCUUCUCCAUCCUUUGAGCCUACGAGUGAUUCAGCAACAGAUCUAGUUCCAACGUAUGAGAAUUCGAGUGACGACGACGACGACGACAACGACAAUGACACAAGUAUGCCAGUAGGCACUGUUCCAAGUGCUCUGAGAAAACGCAAGUUAUCAGAUUCGUCCGUCUCAUCCACAACUUCGAAAAAGUCGGUGGCAUUUUCAGAGGAUAUUCAAGUGAAAGAGUAUGACAGAGAAGAGCAGACAGAAGUGAUCAAAAUCGUGAAAAGCGAUACUGAAUCUGAAGACGAUUAUGUGCCAGAUAUUGAGGAGCCAGAGCCUUCUGAUUUGAAAGAGUAUGAGUCAAAACAUAAAGAUGAUUUGGAACUUAUGCAUGAGAAAAAGACCAACGACGAACAAGGAGAAGACCAAAAGGCAGGGCUUCUCAGUUUAUUGUCGAAGCUUAGCUGA